UUGUUUACAUGCAUGCAGUGACUGGGCAGUUUUUUGCCAGCUUAUGCAAUCGGAUAUAAGUUAGUCUCGAUAUUUGGUGGAUUAUUUCUAUUAUAUGACAAUAUGACAACGACAGAGCCAGUCCAAGAACCAAACUUAAGCACAAGCAGUGAAAAGAACGGAGAUAUGACGAGAGGAAGCGGAAACGAAAGGCGGAUUUGCCAAGGAAGGUGCAGUACGAGGCGGAAUGAUGUUGACGAAGAAGGAUUCUUGUAUCGAUGGAUGCCAAGAUGGAGUCCUACUUCAGCAAAGCUUCUAGAAAAAGCAGAGGAGAAAAUUCUGGAAUGUCUAACCGUGCCAUACGAGUCAUUCUUUGUGGAGAUCGACGACGGAGAGAACAAAAUCAGAACCAUUAAGAUGAACCCCUCCAACUCCACCAAGACGCCGUACGUCCUCGUCCACGGCUUCGCCAGUGGUGUUGCACUCUGGGUAAUGAACCUUGAGGAGCUAUCGGCCGACAGACCCCUCUAUGCCAUAGACGUGAUGGGUUUCGGGCGCAGCUCGCGUCCCAAGUUCCCCUUUGGACCGGAGGCUGCCGAGGCAGAGUUUGUUCGAUCGAUCGAGGAGUGGAGGAAGGCAUUGGGACUGGAGCAGAUUAUCCCGGUUGGUCAUAGCUUGGGUGGUUUCUUAUCAUCGGCCUACAGUCUGGCCCACCCUGAGCAGGUGAAACACUUGGUGCUCCUGGACCCAUGGGGUGUGGUCAAGAAGGAUGAGGAGAAGACGAUAGAGAUGCCUUACUGGGCUCGUAUCAUAGGAACCAUCGUCCUGUCCUUCAACCCACUCUCAACCAUCAGAGCAGCAGGACCUCUAGGGCCCUACUUGAUCAAGAAAGCAAGAGGAGAAACAGUCGGGAGAAAGUUUUCGUCCCUCUUCAAUGACGACCGCGUUACACAAUACAUCUACCACUGCAAUGCACAGUAUCCAGCUGGUGAGCAAGCUUUCAAAGAUAUAAGCAUGCAGGUGGGUUGGGCCAGGAACGCGCUGGAAGACAGGAUCGGAGAGUUACCGGCCGACAUCCCCAUCAGCAUGAUCUAUGGCUCCAGGAGCUGGAUGGACUUCACUGGAGGUAACCUGGUCAAGCAGUUACGACGCAACUCAAGAGUAGAUGUUAGGAUCAUCAAAGGAGCUGACCACCAUGUAUACGCUGAUAAAAGUGGCCAACUCAAUACCCUAAUCAACACCUUGUGCAAGGAUUCAACAUGAUGAGGCACCAUUGCUAUACUAUCAUCCCUCGCAGCUGUUAGCCUCUCAUUACCUAGCACAGACUCAAUUAAACACAAUUCCAUACAGCCUUGAACCUAGCCUAACCUUGUCAGUCUGGCUGUGUCCGGUGAGCGUACAGGGCCUGUAGAGUGCAUUAGGUUGUUGUUGUUUUAGUUUUUAUGGCGUGUAUCAUUCAUUUAUGAAUAUUUACGCAUUUAGGCCUUGCAGUCUUUAUAGUUUUACUGUCAGACACUCUGUUACACAUUCUGACUGACAAGGGGUUUGUGCCUGCAAACUACUGAUAACCCUUUCAUUAAAAAUUUUCUUCUUCAAAUUGACGACACAUGUAUUUUGUUAUUUCAUUGAUGCACCCUUUCAACUAAAAAGUCAUAAAACCCGUCUGUACUAGCUUGGCCAGGAGGGAUUAGACCACCCAGGGUGGUCACUGACAGGUGGCUAUCUCAUCAGCUCAGGUCUCAAAUACAUAAGAAAAAGAGGAUCAU